GAAGAGCCAGGUUCUCGUCCUCAGUCACCCGAAGCCCUUGCCCGUUGCCCCCCUCUCGACUCUCGAGCCCCAUUCCUGAUUCCUCAGUCUCAUCUAUACUCUCAUUAUUUCUCCCCAAAACACAACCCUAGCCUCAAUCGCGCCGCCGUUUGUCUCACCGUCGCCGCCUGGUUCGUCGUGGUCGUCGCCAAUCCUCCUGUUUCGUCGUGCUCGAAGGCCCUUCCAUUCCCCCAACGCCAGCGUCUCCAGGUCCUGCUCCGCCGUCGUCCCUCUGUCGUGUUCGUCGCCAGCUCCCCGUCGUCUGUCGCCAGCUCGCCAGUGUUCGUCGCCAGCUCGCCAGUGUUCGUCGCCAGCUUCCCGUCCUCUGUAGCUCUCCCUCAAACCUCUGGUCACUGCCCUCGCCGAAGUCCAAGACCUCCCUAGAAGAGACAAGAAAACAGUGACAAAAGAGGAUACUCGGCUCGCAGGCCCUUCUCCGUCUCCCACUGUUGGUCGCGGCGGCGCUCUCUUCCUCCUCUGUUGCCAUCUAUGACAACUCGAAUAGCGCCUGGUGUUGGCGCCAACUUGCUUGGCCAACACUCUGCCGAGAGGAAUCAGGAUGCCACCGCCUAUGUCGGCAAUCUGGACCCCCAAGUUCCCGAGGAGUUGCUCUGGGAGCUUUUCGUUCAGGCUGGCCCUGUCGUUAAUGUCUAUGUUCCCAAGGACAGAGUCACUAACCAACACCAGGGAUAUGGAUUUGUUGAAUUCCGUAGCGAAGAAGAUGCUGACUAUGCCAUCAAGGUGCUUAAUAUGAUUAAACUUUACGGCAAGCCAAUUCGUGUAAAUAAGGCAACCCAAGAUAAAAAGAGCUUGGAUGUGGGGGCAAACCUUUUCAUUGGCAACCUUGAUCCUGAUGUAGAUGAGAAGCUCUUGUAUGACACUUUCAGUGCAUUUGGAGUUAUUGUUACUAAUCCAAAGAUUAUGAGAGAUCCUGAUACCGGAAAUUCCCGUGGUUUUGGCUUCAUUAGCUAUGAUUCAUUUGAGGCAUCUGAUUCGGCUAUUGAGGCAAUGAAUGGGCAAUAUCUUUGCAAUCGCCAAAUUACAGUGUCAUAUGCUUACAAAAAGGACACUAAAGGGGAACGGCAUGGCACGCCAGCAGAGAGAGUUUUGGCUGCAAGCAAUCCCACUGCGCAGAAGAGUAGGCCUCAUACGAGAUUCGCCAGUGCACCUCCAACACUCGCCAAUGUUGCUCAGGCUAAUGGUACCGUUGCUGUUCCGGUGCCUCCUCACCCCUUUGCUAAUGGAGUUGCUCCACCUCCCAUUCCUGCCCUCCGACCACCACCACCCCCACCUCAAGCAGCAGCAUUUCAGCCAAUGCCAGGAGCUGGGCAACCAGCAUGGCAUCAACAGCAGCCUGGACUCCCGCCUGGAAUGCCCCCACCUCAGGUCCAGCAGUUCCGGCCACCUCCAUCUGGUAUGCCAAUGCCCCCAACAGGAAUGGUAAGUCAACCACCUGUUUGGCGACCACAACCACCGCCACCGCAGCAACAGGGUGGACGACCUAUGGCAUAUCCUCAACCCUCAAUGCCUCCACCGCCUUCCUAUAGCCAGAUGCCGCCACCUCAAUGAAGGAAUUCAACCCUUUUGGAAGGAUCCAGGGUCCUAUUAUAUUGAAUUUCGCCACUGAUUUUUAGCGUUAAUGUUUCUUAAUUAAUGUGGUAUUAGAUACAGUUGCUAUCGGCAUCCUUGACACUAGGACAGUUAACAAUAUAAUUAGAGUCCAAAGGAGAGAUGCUUAACUCUUUAGCCUUGGGUUCGAUAUUGGUUUCAAGUAACUAAUUUUCCAGAGUUCUUUCAAGCAAUGGUGAAUUGUGAAGGUGAAUGAAAAAUAGGAAGUAAAUAUCCAAUCUUGCCUGUUUUAUUUCUG